AUGGCUCACAGUAAUGAAUCCACGGUAUCUGAGUUUGUGCUUCUGGGACUUUCUAACUCUUGGGGACUUCAGCUUUUACUUUUUACCAUCUUCUCUAUUAUCUAUGUGACAUCAGUCUUGGGCAAUGCCAUGAUUAUUGUCAUCAUUUUCUCUGACUCACAUUUGAACUCACCUAUGUACUUCUUACUCAGUAACCUUUCAUUCAUUGAUAUCUGCCAAUCUAACUUUGCUACUCCUAAGAUGCUUGUGGACUUUUUUGUUGAGCUUAAAACUAUUUCCUUUGAGGGUUGUAUGGCCCAGAUAUUUCUUCUUCAUAGCUUUGUUGGGAGUGAAAUGAUGUUGCUCGUAGCUAUGGGCUAUGACAGGUUUGUAGCAAUAUGUAAGCCACUGCACUACAAUCUAAUUAUGAAUCGGAGGGUAUGUAUAAUUUUUGUGUCUAUUUCCUGGGCAGUAGGUAUUCUUCAUUCUGUGAGCCACUUGGCAUUUACAGUGAAUCUGCCAUUCUGCGGUCCCAAUGAGGUAGAUAGCUUCUUCUGUGAUCUUCCCUUGGUGAUAAAACUUGCUUGCAUGGAUACAUACAGAAUGGAAAUUUUGACCUUGGCUAACAGUGGCCUGAUAUCUUUGAGCUGUUUCCUGGCUUUAAUUGUCUCCUAUAUCAUCAUUUUUGUCACUGUCCAGCACCAGUCCUCUAGUGGGUCAUCCAAAGCACUUUCUACACUAACUGCCCACAUCACAGUAGUGAUUCUUUUCUUUGGGCCUUGUAUUUACUUCUACAUAUGGCCUUUUAGCAGGCUGUCUGUGGAUAAGUUCCUUUCUGUCUUCUACACCAUUUGUACUCCCUUACUGAAUCCUGUCAUUUAUUCUCUGAGGAAUGAAGAUGUUAAAUCAGCCUUGAGGAAAUUGACAAAGCGCCAUGUAAAUCCUGGGAAAAACUAG